AUGGGCGUGCGUGUGAUAUGGUUUCAUCACAUCAAGUCUCCCACGAAGCGAAGCCACAUUGUGAACUGGGCACGGGAGCUUGGGUUGAGAGGAUUUAGCAAGCCAGGAUAUCCGGGAAUCGUCAUCUGUGAAGGCAGCGAGGAAGACGUCGUGGAGUACGUGUCUCGUCUGCGCCAUCUCAAAUGGAAGGCCAUGCAAGUGCGGGCAGAGACGACCACCCCACUGGCGACGCCGAAUGAUGGCGAACAGCCCAGCGACAUUUGGCACUUUAAUGACAGGGAAUUCUUGGAGCUGGGGGAGAAUGGGUUGUCCGAAUUGGCGACACUGUGCAGGGAAGCUGGCCUGGAGGAGAUGUUCUUGUCUGCACUGAAGAUUUCUCGGUAA